CACCAUCCCUCUCCCCAUGCUCCCCAUUGCGCGUCCUGUUUCCUCUCCUCGAUGGCUCGAUUGUCGCCUCUCGCCGGAACUAGUUACCAGAUCCUGUGAUCACCAAUUCAUUCCCUCAGUCUAUCCAAUACACGCGCCACCUCUGCGCAUUCCGAUAUCUCUUCUCCUUUCUAUAUCUUGUCGUAUCACCACCGUCGCGCCCUGGAGAGUCAAACGUAUAUACAGAGACGCUAAUAAGUAAUAUCAGCACUAUAAGCCAUCGUAGUUGUUGUGUGGUGGGGAAGAAUCGAUCCAUAUGGGCGAGUUGACUCAGGCGGAGGUAUACUCGCCGAGGACUCAUCAAGUCUGGAGGGCACUGUUGAGCUGGUUAGCCGCCUUCUUCCAUAUCUUCUUCCAAAUUAUUACAGCUCUCGGCCACUACCCUUUACUCUCCUUCUCUUCCUCUGCUCCUUCCUUUAAACCUCUGCCCACCGUUGAGUUGCAGGAAUCUGAUUUGCCGCCAUCCUCCGCUGUUGAUAUCACCGCUGCGGAGUAUUCCGGCGUCAACGAUCGGUCUGUCCGAAAACUCACGGUAGUGCUUGAUUUGGAUGAAACAUUGGUUUGUGCAUAUGAGACGUCAAGUUUACCAGCCACACUUCAUUCUCAAGCAAUAGAAGCUGGUUUGAAUUGGUUUGAACUGGAAUGUAUAUCUUCAGAUAAGGAAGGAGAUGGAAAACCAAAUGUCAAUUAUGUUACGGUUUUUGAACGUCCUGGUUUGAAGGAAUUCUUAAGGCAACUUAGUGUAUUUGCUGACUUGGUGCUAUUCACUGCUGGUCUUGAAGGUUAUGCCAGACCCCUUGUUGACAGAUUAGACACGGAAAACUGGUUUAGUCUACGACUUUAUAGACCCUCAACAACUAGCACGCAAUAUAGGGAACAUGUGAAAGAUCUUUCUGGAAUAUCAAAGGAUCUGUGCCGAAUAGUUAUUGUUGACAACAAUCCCUUCAGCUUUUUAUUGCAACCACUAAAUGGAAUUCCAUGCGCCCCGUUUUCUGCUGGGCAACCACAUGACACACAGCUUCUAGAUGUCAUUCUUCCUCUUCUCAAGCACCUCUCUGAGCAGAAGGAUGUAAGACCUGUGCUCUACGAGAAGUACCAAAUGCCUGAGUGGUUUCAAAAGCAAGGAAUUCCCGCUUCCUGUUGGACAUUGUAGGAUUAACAUUUUUUGGAAUCAAACUCUACUGCUUUUUGUACAAUUUUUAGUUUUAUUGCUGGAAGCAACAUCGGUCGGUGGAAGAAAUAGACCUUCUAUAUAGCAUCAAUUUGUUUCUGGGAAAUCUAGAGGUUUCAGAUUCUGCUUCUUGUAGUCAAAACCGUUCGCCAUUUAUGUAUCUACAUCUAUAGAAGUUUGAUUCUUAUGUUAAUGUUGUUUAUAGGCUUGCAAUCUGCCGCAAUGUAAUGAAUCUUGUUAGUCUCUUGUACAACUGUUUAUUUAUAAUUAUUAGCAGUUAAAGUAUUCA